AUGGCGAGGCUCCUCCUCUUCGCUGCUAACCACACCGCCGGAGCACCCGGGGCGGCGACUCUCGUCCUUGUUAUCCUCGUCGUCCUGGUGGUGGCGGCGGUCGUGGUGUCUCUGUGCACCAGCAGCACGCACGAGAAGCUGUGGGGGCAGCAGCGGGGGUCCUCCUCGUCCGCGCCGCUGGCCAAGGCGGACAGCAGCGUCGGCGCGAGCAACCGGAAGCACCUGCUGUCGGCCACGCUCAGCGGGAUCGGCGGCAAGGCGGCCAGGAUGGUGUCGUGGAACAGGCGGUCUCCGUCCGGCAGCAGCGACGACGACGAGGAGGCGGUGGCCGCUCUGGGGCCGGAGGACGACGAGGCCGUGUGGAGGAAGGCCAUCAUCAUGGGGGACAAGUGCCGGCCGCUCCAGUUCUCCGGGCACAUCGCCUUCGACUCCGACGGCAACCAGCUGCCGCCCCCGCCACCGGCAAGCAAGAAAGCCGCCCCCGACGUCCAAGCCAAGAACUAA